AAUAAUAAAAGAAUAAAGAAGUAUGAACAAGCAUCAAAGACUCUUUCAGCUCUCUCCUCUCCUUUGACAGCAUCUUCCACUCUCUACAUAUACAUAAUCUAUAUCCCUCUUACCACAAACACAAACCAAAUCAAUCAACCCUUCAACAUCUUCAAUUCAAUCUCACCCAACACACACCUAUUCCAAUCCAAGAAAACAAAAAGAAAGAACACCCAAAAGACUUUACACACAAACAAGAAAACCAAGAAAAUGGGUAGGAAGAGAAAGGCAAGCGAAGAAAGGGCAGAGAAGAAAAACUCUGAUCAUGAAGGGAACUUAGCUUGGGAUGAGAUGGUGAAGGAAGCCACUGAUGGGGCCCGGAGGGCCCGGAAGAGGUUUGUGGGGGUGAGGCAGAGGCCAUCAGGCAGAUGGGUGGCUGAGAUUAAAGACACCAUACAGAAGAUUAGGGUGUGGUUAGGCACAUUUGACACAGCUGAGGAAGCAGCCAGGGCCUAUGAUGAGGCUGCUUGCCUGCUUCGCGGUGCCAACACUCGAACCAACUUCUGGCCUUGUUCUUCAUCAUCUUCUACCUCUUCAACCCCUGCUCUUCCCUCGAAGAUCACCAAUCUCCUCCUCCACAGGCUCAAAACGAGAAACAACUCUUUGGUUGCCAAUUUACCUGUUAACCCGGAUCAAAAGUUGCAAAAAGAAGAAGAAUUUAAAGACGAAGCGAGCGAAUUUUCAGAUACCCAAUUCGCUGAUUUCCUUAAUGAUCCAGAACCCGAAGAAGAAGAAGAGUUCUAUUAUUCCAUUGGCAACAACAACAACGACAACAACAUGAUCACCACCACCAACACUGGUUUCAGUACUGGUGGUGGUGGUGAAUAUUACAUAAAUAGCACAAAUACCACUAGUUUUGAGUCAUGUUUGAGUGGUGAGAAAGAGAACUAUGAGGUGAGUGAUGUGGGCGAGUCUUGUAGUGGUGAUGUGAAUCAAGGAGGCGAGAGAGAAGAAGAUGGUGAAGAAGAAGAAGAGGGGAGUGAUUUGGGAGCUGUGGAUUUCCAUUUUGUUGAUGAAAUUGGAUCAUGUUACUAUUCACCUUUUGAGAUUGCUGAGGAGAUUGUGGAGCCUAUUGAGCAGGAAAUUGAUCAUGGAGACGAGCCAUCGAUGGUUAGGGAGGUGAUGAAGAGGAUGAAAUAUGAGCGCAAGUUUUCUGCUUCUCUCUAUGCGUUCAAUGGGAUAACUGAGUGUCUGAGGUUGAAGCUUGGACCGGAAAGUAGUAUCAAGAGGAGAUCAGGAGUGCCUGAUCAGUUGACUAAUUUGCGAAAUGCGUGUACUAAGAUGAACAAAGAGGAGGAGAAAGUGGAGAGCGAUAGCAGUGAAGAGGCGGGGAGGAAAGAGGAGGAAAAUGAAUCAAAUUCAACAGAUAGCAAUGAUGGCGAAUUGUCGCUAUGGAGCUCCCUCGACCUACCUCCAAUCUGUUUUGUUAAUUAACUCAUUCGAUAUUUUCUUAACUUUCCAUGAUCUAAUCAAAUCAGUAAUCAAUACUGUUUUAUCUGUUGCGCGAUGCAGUUUUCUAUUUAUGUAUUUCCCUUCUUACCAACUGUAAAAAAAGCAAGUGUAAGAAAAAAAACUGAGGGUUCUGGGCUUAAUUUUCAUCUUUGACACAGAUGAUUUGAUGUACUUUGGGAAUCACUUAUUUUUCUUUGAUUGAUCUUGAAUGCAUACGUAACCACUAUUUUAGUAUUGCAA